CCGAAGCACCUGGACACAACGUGCAGGAUGUAGUAGCCGCCUUUCGGUCAUCGCGCCUCCACUGCCGCGCCUUCUCCAGCGGAAGCUCCCCGCCCCCCUCCCUCCUCCCCCCACCGAAGUUUCGCGCUUCCAAAUUUCAGGAUUUAACUCGCUCCUCCUCAUUCCCAUUCUCCAUCUCCAAAUUGGUAGUCUCCAGCGGCUGAUUUCUCAACGCACCAGCUCUCGUCUUCUGUCUCCAACUCCUCGACUUCUCGACUCGCUUCCGCUCGCUCCGCUCCGUCGCCAUGGCUUGCGCGAAUCGCGUCGGCCUCGUCGCGCUCUUGGCGCUCGCUCUCUGCGCGCAGCUCGUUGCAGCUCGUCGAUGGCCUGACUACAAACAGAUUCCUGGUGCUAAGAAGUUAGUGGUCCCAUAUUCUGCGCGCACUAUUACACUCUACGAUCUUGUGGACUUCCCCUACACCGACUCAUCGUUCAUCAGCCUCCGCGGUAGCUCGAAUCUCUUCUCUGAUUUCCAACUCGCAGACAAGGUCGGGCAGCUCAACAUUGUGGUUGAUAACAUGUUGACCAACAAUAACGUCGUGAUGUUCACCGCCAGCCUCAAUUUCGGCAUCGGAUAUGUUACCGCAUCAGCUGCUGAAAAGUGGACGGACAACUGGGUGGAACUCGCCAUAACGGGGGCGACGGGCGAUUUUGCGAGGUUCAGUGCUGGCACGCUACGCAUAACAAAGAUAGCCAGCGCUAACAACGUGCGGGACAGCAUUGGCCACAUCCUCCAGCUCACUUCGUUGGUGUAAUAGAGUGUGGUUGCUGAAGGCACUGACGCCUCGCAUCGUCUCACGCGUUUUGGAGAUGUCUAAUGUGGGCAGGAGAGCAGCAUGUGGGAUGGUUGGUGACUAGCGAAUGUGACUCGGUAGCAUGUGGUUUGUGUGGUAGGCUGGUAGCCUAUGGUACUCGUGGUAUUCAUUGAGCGGGCGAGGGGGAGUAGUGCGUUGUCCUGGGUGUUGCUGUGUGGUGGGCUGUGGGGGCUGUGAUUAGUUGUCAUUGAGGGAAAUAAAAAUAUGAGAGCUUUGGAUAUGUGAUCAUACGGUC